AUGUCUACUGAAACCGCAUUAUCCUACGCAGCAGUUAUCUUAGCUGACUCUGAAUUAGAAGUUUCUUCUGAAAACUUAUCCAAAUUAGUUGCAGGUGCAAACAUUGAAAUUGACUCUAUCUGGGCUCAAAUUUACGCAAAGGCAUUAGAAGGUAAGGACUUGUCCUCUUUAUUAUUCAACUUUGAAGUUUCUGCAUCUCCAGCAGCAGGUGCUUCCGCAGGUGCAGCAGCAGGUGCAUCUGGUGAAGCAGCAGCUGAAGAAGAAGUUGAAGAAGCAAAGGAAGAAUCCGAUGAUGACAUGGGUUUCGGUUUAUUCGAUUAA